CCGACGACGCGUACGCUCUGGUGUCGGGACGCGUCAACUGCCGUCAGCUUCAGAUCGACCUCUAUUCUCUAUCUUCCUCCUCCUCCACUACCUAACCUUCAUCAUGGCCAGACGUUACGACAGUCGCACCACCAUCUUCUCGCCCGAGGGGCGUUUAUACCAAAUCGAGUACGCCAUGGAGGCCAUCUCGCAUGCUGGAACGGUCCUUGGCGUCCUAUCGAAGGAUGGCGUGGUACUGGCCGCGGAGAAGAAGGUUACCGGAAAGCUCCUCGAUAUGUCAAUCGCGAAGGAAGGCGGGUAUGGCGGGAGUGGCGAGAAGAUCUUUCUGUUGAACUCAAAUGUUGUCGCUGGUGUUGCUGGGAUUGCCGCAGACGCGAACUCUCUCGUGAACUACGCACGACAAGCCUCGCAAAGACACCUGUUCAUGUAUAACGAAGACAUCCCUGUAGAGCUUCUGGCUCAGCGACUAUGUGACCUCAAGCAGGGAUACACCCAAUAUGGAGGUCUCCGGCCAUUCGGUGUCUCUCUCCUGUAUGCCGGCUACGAUCCACAUUACGAGUUCCAGCUCUACCACUCAGACCCCUCCGGCAACUACUCUGGCUGGAAGGCGACAUGUAUCGGCGCGAACAACGGUACGGCGACCUCCCUGCUCAAGCAGGAGUACAAGGAGGACAUCACGGUGGAGGACGCGAUCGAGCUCGUGCUGAGGACAAUGAGCAAGACGAUGGACAGCACCACGCUAGGCAGCGAGAAGCUGGAGUUUGCGACCCUCACCCUCGACGCGAACAAGAAUCCCAAGGCGAAGAUCUACAAGCCGGCCGAGAUCGAUGCGCUCCUGCAGAAGCACGGGCUGGGGAAGAAGGAAGAGGACGCGGACAUGGCGGCGUGAUAACAUCGACUAAGGUUGCCCCAGUGCAAUCUGACAUACCUCUCGCCGCCUUGUCCAGCUACGACCCGCGGGGAAGCGCAGGAGGGAGAGUGUCGAAUCUGCACCGGGCCAACCCCCUUGUAGGAUUGCUGGUUUGGGGCGGACUUGCUGUACAAUGUACAAAAUACGACCUUCGCAUCCC